ACGUGGUUUUCUGAGGAUGAAGUAGAAGAAGUUUUGGGGGCAAAUGAAGAUAAAGGAAUAUAUGAAAAUCAAGUUUUUGUUUCAGAAAAUAAUAAGAGACCACAUGAACAAAAAUUUACUUCAAAUAAACGAAUCAAUUUGAAAACUUCUCAUAAAACGGGACCACUUGAUCA